AUGCCUGAACUCACCGCCGAGUCUGAUCCUGUUGCGUUCUAUGGCUUCACUGCCGUUCCUCGUGAUCCAGAUAUCCUAUUCAAGGACCAUCCUACCGCAUCAGGACCUAAUCCCAAGCAAGAUCUCUUCACCGUCGCAGACUUUCCAGCGCCCGAUUCGGCUGUGAUACAGGCCUCGAUGCUUUCGUCAAGAAAGAGCUCAACCCGCAAACAUACUUACAACCACUCCCGACGCGUCUACGUCUACGGACUCGCCAUUGCGCGCACUCACUUCCCUGAAUGGCGCUUCGAUCCCGGCACCUACUACCUGUCCUGCCUCCUCCACGACAUCGGGACCGCCGAUCGUCUCCUGAGCACGACAAAGAUGAGCUUCGAGUUCAAGGGCGCGAUCGUAGCGCGCGAGCUCAUACGGGAGCAUGAAGGAGCGGAGGACCAGGCGGACAGCGUCUGCGAGGCGAUCCUGGCGACUAUACUCGAUAACGUUGGCAAACGGGCGGACUUGGUGCACAAGGACCUAAUUGAGUCCACGGUGAAGGCGUUCCCGCGAAACGGCUGGAGCGGCUGUUUUGCGGGCACGAUUCACAAGGAGCUCAAUCUCAAGCCGUGGUGCCAUACUACAACGUUUGAGAGUCCUAGUUGGCAGCCGGGCGGGUCCAGCAACUUCGCUAACGACGUCCUCGGAAACACCGCCAUGCAGCCUUACGACUGA